CAAUUUUUGGACUUUUGUCACCGACCGAUGUCGCCCUAGAUUUUUUUUUCUCUUGUGAAUAUUCGACUCACCGAGAAUUACGGUGAAGUUAUAAGACUUUUUCUGACAACUCUUCGUCCCGAGUUAGUCAAUUGCCAUAUUUUUCCAAUUUGUGGCAUCGGGUACGAUUAUUCGAAGGCCUUCUUUGUCAAUUGGCUUUGUUUCGAUAGUGGGAGUAACAAUUUCGACCCCUCGUUCAAGCCCGAAAGCCCACCAUGGCUUUACAUACCCUCCUCCGAGCUAGGGCUCCAGCAGCUCUGGCUCGGGGCGCUCUUGCACCAUCUAUACAAUAUGCUCGCCUUUUAAGCACAACACCCUACCGCCGAUCCAAUGACUCCGACCUCAACAAAGUCUCCCGUCACAUCACACAACCCAAAGCCCAAGGCGCGUCGCAAGCCAUGUUAUAUGCGACAGGUCUUACCGAAGACGAUCUAUCGAAACCCCAGGUCGGUAUCUCUUCGGUAUGGUACGAGGGCAACCCGUGUAAUAUGCACUUGAUGGAUCUAUCCGCCGUCGUCAAAGAGUCUGUCGCAAAAGCUGGACUUAUUCCUUACCGGUUUAACACAAUUGGUGUCUCGGAUGGUAUAUCUAUGGGUACGACUGGUAUGCGAUAUUCUCUACAGAGUAGAGAAAUCAUCGCCGAUAGUAUUGAGACCGUUAUGCAGGGCCAAUGGUACGAUGCGAAUAUUUCGUUACCUGGAUGCGACAAGAAUAUGCCUGGUGUUUUAAUAGCUAUGGGUCGAGUAAACCGACCUAGUAUCAUGGUUUAUGGUGGUACUAUCAAGCCUGGUUGCAGUAUGGCCGGUGCGCCAAUUGAUAUCGUUAGUGCUUUCCAGGCUUACGGACAAUAUAUAUCGGGUGAGAUCACGGAGAAGCAACGUUUUGACAUUAUUCGACAUGCAUGCCCCGGAAAGGGUGCAUGUGGUGGAAUGUACACGGCGAACACCAUGGCUACAGCUAUCGAGACUCUAGGUAUGACCUUAACGGGCAGCAGUAGUUGUCCUGCCGACGACCCGAAGAAGAUCGAGGAAUGCGAGCGCAUUGGUGAAGCUAUUAAGGUUACCAUGAAGGAAGACAUCCGCCCACGAGACAUCAUGACGCGGGAAGCCUUUGAAGAAGCCAUGGUAGUGGUCAACAUCCUCGGAGGCAGCACAAACGCUGUCCUUCAUUUAAUUGCCAUCGCCGAUUCCGUCGGUCUCAAGCUUACCGUUGAUGACUUCCAAGCCGUAUCCGACAGGACGCCCUUCCUAGCCGACCUCAAGCCCUCCGGUAAAUUCGUCAUGGAAGACAUGCACAAGAUCGGCGGUACCCCCGCGCUUCUCAAAUUCCUCAUCGGGGAGGGCGUUAUUAAGGGUAACGGUAUAACCGUAACCGGAAAGACGAUAAAACAAAACGUCGAAUCCUGGCCAUCCUUCCCCAACGACCAGAAGAUCAUCCGACCAUUCUCCAACCCCAUCAAACCAACCGGACACAUUCAAAUCCUACGCGGAUCUCUAGCACCCGGUGGUUCCGUCGGUAAGAUCACGGGUAAAGAAGGUUUAGUAUUCACCGGAAAGGCCAAGUGUUACGACCAAGAAGACGAUUUCAUCGAAGCGUUAGAACGUGGUGAAAUCAAGAAGGGCGAGAAGACCGUUGUUAUCAUCCGAUAUGAAGGACCCAAGGGUGGCCCCGGUAUGCCAGAGAUGUUGAAACCGUCUUCAGCGAUCAUGGGAUACGGUCUAGGUGGUGACGUCGCGCUAUUAACCGAUGGUCGGUUCUCUGGUGGUAGCCAUGGUUUCCUAAUCGGUCAUAUUACCCCUGAGGCGCGCGAGGGUGGACCUAUUGGUCUUGUACGUGAUGGUGAUACUGUUACCAUCGAUGCCGAGAAGCUCGUUAUCAACAGCGACGUUAGUGAAGCCGAGAUGGCGGAGCGAAAGAAGUCGUGGACGCCGCCGCCACCCCGGUAUGCUCAGGGUACUUUGACGAAAUACGCGGCGCUUGUUAGCGAUGCCAGCCACGGCUGUAUCACAACAGGACAAUAAAAUUUCUGAAGUUCUAAAAAGGGGUAUAUAAAACCAACAUUCGGAUGAGUAGCUGAACCUCUUGUAUCUAUCGGUCUUAUACGCUCGGUGGUAUGUCUGUGGGUUAGGUAUCGGUCCGGAAAAGAACAAAAAGCGUACUCUAGCCACUCUACAAUUUCAGAGUGGUAAAUAAUGAAUAAAAAGUUAAAGUUCAAACGGACAAAC